AUGCCUUCCUCCCAACGGCGGCUUCGACUGAUCGUCGUUGCAGUUAUCGCAAUUCUUUUCAUGGUCUUUUACUACACUGGCGAUGCAAGCAAAAUCCAAAACCAAAAGUUCUAUCGUUCGACCCUCGAUGCAAUGAAAGCGAAAGAGCAGGCCAAGCAGGCCAAGGCCCAAGAGAAGAUCCAGAAUGCCAUGCAUGCGCCCGGACAGAAUGGCGCUGCCGGUGCCGGUGAUAAGGCACCCGUCGUUGAGGUCGAGAAAGCCGAUGUUCCUCCUGGUACAGGGAAUGAUGAUACGGAGGAGAUCCCAAUUGCAGGACGGACGAAGAUGACCGUUCCUAAGAAGGUGAAUCAGGAUAUGCCAUCAGAGGUUCAGACGGAGGUUAAAAGCGAGGAGGAGAAGGAGCGUGAGCAAAAAGCGAAGAAAGAGCGUGAGGAGAAAGAGAGGAAAGAGGCUGAGGCGACAACAGAGCUUAAUGUGAUUCUUAAGCGGGCUCCAGUCAUCAUCUUCUCCAAAUCCUAUUGCCCAUACAGCAAGAAAGCCAAGUUGAUCUUGCUGGAGCACUAUUCUAUCGAGCCGAAACCGUUUGUGGUCGAAUUGGACCAGCACCCGCUGGGACCGUAUCUGCAGGCCCUGCUUGCUCAGAGUACAGGGCGUCGCACUGUGCCCAAUGUACUCGUGAGUGGGAAGAGUAUAGGUGGUGGAGACGAUAUUGCGGCAUUGGAUCAGAGCGACGAGCUGGCUUCGACGCUGCGACAAAUGGGCGGGAAAUGGAUCGUGGAUGUGUCUCACCAGGAUAUUGAGAAAUCACUACCCAAAAUGGCUCUAAGCGACGCACAAUCCCGUGACAUCCAAUUUCGCUCCACCACCAAGUCCAUUCGAAUUUUGAACCUCCCCGACAUCGACAAUCUACACCCCCGGCAACCACCAAAAGUCACGUCAAGAUGCGUGAAGGUCCACAUUAAGUCCCGCGUCGUGACUGUCGAGGGUCCCCGCGGCAAGCUCGUCAAGGAUCUCUCCCACAUUGCCGUCACCUUCGGUCGCCCCGAGCAGAACGUUAUCUCCAUCGAGCUGCACCACGGUGCCCGCAAGGGUGUUGCUACCCUCCGUACCGUCCGUACCAUCAUUAACAACCUGAUGAUCGGCGUUACCCGUGGCUUCAAGUACAAGAUGCGUUACGUCUACGCCCAUUUCCCCAUCAACGUCAACAUCGAGCCCAACCCCGAGACUGGCCGUGCUAUUGUGGAGAUCCGCAACUUCCUCGGUGAGAAGUACGUCCGCCGCAUCACUGCCCAGCCCGAUGUCGAUAUUGCUCCCUCCGCCAACGUCAAGGAUGAGCUUAUCCUCACCGGUAACUCCCUCGAGGGUGUGUCCCAGUCCGCUGCCGACAUCCAGCAGAUCUGCCGUGUCCGCAACAAGGAUAUCCGUAAGUUCUUGGAUGGUCUUUACGUGUCGGAGAAGGGCAACAUCAUUGAAGAGUAA